AUGGAGCCUGCAGCGCCCCCUACUGUCUGUGCUUCACCUGCUCGCCAAAGAGGAGGAGGAGAGGCGACAGCAGCCAUGUCCAAGACAGUGAAGAUGACUCUGGUCAUUGUGCUCGUCUACAGCCUUUGCUGGGCUCCCUUCUUCAGUGUGCAGCUGUGGGCUGCCUGGGACCCCGAUCCACCUGAGAGAAGUGAGAUAUUUAAUGUGCUCAUGCUGCUGGGCAGCCUGAACUCCUGCACCAAUCCUUGGAUCUACUCUGCAUUUUCCAACAGCAUCUCUCCUGAGCUCCGUCUCCUGCUGCUGUGUCGCACACACGCACAACGCAGAAGUUCUCUACUAAACGACUCAUCGGGCACACACACUGCCCUGUCGCCUGACACACACACACAGGAGCGUUGCACCACAUUCUAA